AUGAUGGAGGAGGAUAACGGCAACAUAGCAGGAUUACUGAAACCCACUUCUAGUAGCAACGAAGAUUUGAGCGAAUAUACCGAUGCUGACGAAAGUAUAUCGGCACCCACCGAAUUUCUAGCAGAGUUCCUAUCGGCAUUGAUGCUGAAGGACUAUGCAACAUCCUUGAAAUAUUGCAAAUUGAUUCUGCAAUACGAACCGAACAAUGCCACUGCAAAGGAAUUCUACCCACUCAUCCUGGAAAAGCUCCAGCACACGAAUGAUGGAGGAAGUAGUAAUGAUAACGAAAGCGAAGAAGACGUUAGUGAAUGCAGCUCCAGUUGCAGCGGAGAUACAGAAAAUAGCAGUUCAGAAGAAAGCAGUGAAGUGCAAGAGGAAGACGAAGACGGGGUGGAGGUGUGCCAGAGCGGCGGCGACAAGCAAUCCAAAGGCUCUUCGGAAGGAGACGGGACCACGGGCAGCUACUCGAGUCUGGAGGACGACGAGGCCGAAGGAGUGGACCAGCUGGCAGCGCUGGUGGCUCGAUACCAGAUCGACAAUGUCAAUCUCGGAAACGGAAACAAGAUAUACAAUACUGACCUGCCCUCUUCUGUGAAUCUCCAAACCAAAACGGCAGCCGCCAAGAGUCACCAGUCCCCCUUCGCGACUGGCUCAGAUUCUGAGUCCCCCACUGAGCCGAUUACUCAGCAGACAAUUGCCAUGCUCAGGGCCCGAGUCGUGCCAAACAACAUGUAA